CAUACAUUACGCAGAGGACGCGGACGCAACCGGCGCAGAAACACAGAGAGCUGAGGCUGAAAGAGAGAGGUGCAGAGGCACUGCAGCGUCCGGACACAAAGUGACUUGAAACAGAGGGACAAUGGUGCAGCACACAGACAACAGCGAGACGGACGGGAGCAUGUCCAGGGAGGCUACAGACUCAGAGGAGAGUGAAUUUAUGGCAUGCAGCCCCGUAGCGAUAAACCCGGACUGGUGCAAGACAGCCACCGGUCACAUCAAAAGACCCAUGAAUGCAUUUAUGGUCUGGUCCAAAAUCGAGAGGAGAAAGAUUAUGGAGCAGUCGCCAGACAUGCACAACGCGGAGAUUUCCAAGCGCCUGGGGAAGAGGUGGAAGAUGCUGAAGGACAGCGAAAAGAUCCCGUUUAUCAGAGAAGCCGAGCGGCUGCGGCUAAAACACAUGGCAGACUACCCCGACUACAAGUACAGACCCAAGAAAAAACCAAAGCUCGACAGUUCAAAAUCAUCAGCACCGUCUCCGGAGAAGUGCGGCAAAAUAGCUAAGACACCUAGCAAGAAGUGCUCAAAGAUAAAGACUAAUAAAAGCGUCUCCAAGUCCUCCCACGGCUACGGAGAGGACUGUGUGUUUCCCAGCUUCAAAGUUGCAAAGACUGUGAAAAGUGAGCUCACCGACGAGGACGACGACGAGGAGUACGAAGAGGACUACCGGAUGGGGAUUAAUAAAGCCGGGGACGAGGAGCGCGUGAGGCCGUAUAAUGUAGCCAAAGUUCCCGCGAGCCCAACUUUGAGCUCCUCGGCUGAGUCCGAGGGCGCGAGCAUGUACGAAGAAGUGCGGAAAAACAACCGACUGUUUUACAAUAUCAAAAACAUUACCAAACAGAGCACAUAUCACGCUGCUUCUGUCUCACCAGCAUCCUCCAGGUCGGUGUCCACAUCCUCCUCCUCUUCCUCAUCCAGCAGCAGCUCCUCUUCUUCCGGGGAGGAGGCGGACGAUUUGCUGUUUGACUUUAGUUUAAAUUUCGCCCCCAGUGCCCCUGGAGCGGAGCUGGGCAACCCCAAUUCAGGAAACCUCUCCCUGUCUCUUGUGGAUAAGGACCUGGACUCGUUCAGCGAGGGCAGCCUGGGCUCUCACUUUGAAUUCCCAGACUAUUGCACGCCAGAGCUCAGUGAGAUGAUUGCCGGGGACUGGCUGGAGGCGAACUUUUCCGACCUGGUCUUCACAUACUGAACUGCAAAAAAAAAGUUGCUCUAGUAAUAACAGAGAAGGGAGAAAGUAAAUUAUAUAUGUGUCCUGGUCAAAGUUGUCCCUAGCCCUGCCUCCUCCUCCUCUUGUGGGUUUUCUGAAGGGUCCUGGACGGAGGAGGACCAAGGAGGUGAGGUUUGAGGAGGAAUGAGAUGCUUAUGAAGCUAGUAGCAAAAAAAGUCUGCAGACGUUUUUUUUCUGGCAGCAUGACAGGGUUUUAUGGAUUUUUUCCUCCCCGUAUAGGUCUGCAUUUUACAGUUCAGCUUAAACGGACCACAAAGGGAAAAAUACGUGAACUUCUAUGCAUCUUUUCCUCUUAAAAACAAAACUGCAGGGAGCUGAAAACGGACUGUGGACUGACUCAAAGCAAAUCUGUGAACUGACAAUUGUUCAGGAUGUUACUUUACAAAAACGGUUUAUGUAAUUUUUCUUAAUGCCGCAAAAUGUUUGUUUUUUGUAACUGAUUCAGUUUACCUCCUGGUUUGGAAAAUUAAGCAGCCUAAACCUCUGCAGAGUACAGGUGUGGAGGAAACAUUUUGAUACAUAACAGACCUCAUCUUUUUAAAAGAAAAGUAAGAUAUUUUCAGGCAUAUUUUUGUACAGUUAAAAGGGAAUGUUCUUACUGUGCUUUCAGUGAGUUUCAGGCACUUCUUCCCUUUAUCAUUUGUUUUUAGCAUGCAAGGGAGUCCUGGUUUUAAGGAUUAAGUUAAAUUAAAACUUGCAUCAAAAAUGCCUUGUGAUUUCAAACUAGGUUUUGUACAGUUGUAGAGCAGAUUUGUUGAGUAUUUGUAGACGAUACAAUGGCAUCAUGGGGAACACAUACCUCAGAGCUGGAACUAGUUUCAAGAUUGUAUAUGUACUGUAAUAUAGUAAAGUUAGGAGUUUAUGUAUAUCAUACUCGUGAUAUGUGGAUGGGUCCCGAUCGCAGGUGUGAAACUGGAUUUUGGUAUUUUUUAUGGCACAUACUGUUUUUUCCCCCCUCUCAUUUUUUUGUGCAAUAUAUACUCUUAAGAUUCAGACCAUCAACAAUUGUAGCAAGUGAUGGAAAAACAGACUUGUGCACUGUCAACAUCAUUUCAUGUUAUGAUGCUGAAAGCCUGUCCAGGCAGGAAAUAAACAAAUCAGCUGGAACUGAUACAAAACAAUAUAAUAUGGCCUCAUGGUGUGAUGCAUACUACAGGUGGAUAUCACAAAUUGAAUGUUAUUUGACACAUAUCUGACACCAAAACAGCUCAAUUAGGGAAAAGGAGUUCUGCAAAAAAAAAAAACAAAAAGAAAGAAAAGGGCAUAGUCUGAUACAGUGGUGGUCUGGCAUUAAUAUAACAAGCAAGCAAAAAAGAACAUUCCAUAGUCCUGUUUCAUGAAAUGAAACUUUAUUUUGAAACUGAAGACUGCCUUCUUUUUUUAAAACAUUAACCAUAAACCUGUAUUUUUUAUUUCUUGCACUUAAAAAAGCAGAUAUUGUUUAUUUUUAUGUGGGUCUUACAUAUGAAGUCUGUUUGAUAAAAAGGUUUUUUGGAAUAUGACUUAAUUAUAUGCCGAGACAUUUUGUUGGAAGUUCUAGGCAGUAGUUACUUCACAUUCCAAGUGUGAAUCUGUCUUUGACUCAUCUUUUAAUAAAUAAGUACCUACCACCAUCGACUGUCCUUUCAGUUUGUGAAUAUAUGUACACAGAUGUGUUAUUUGUUGCAUUUGCAAAGGAUGUGAUGACAGAAUGAUGCCUAUUUUGUAUGUAGGCGGAUACUCUGAAAAUGA